AUGCAGUCUGCAACUUUGCUCGUCCCUUCGGGGACAUCCGAUAAAAUUGGAACGAUACAGAGAAGAUUAGCAUGGCCCCUGCGCAAGGAUGACACGCACAAAUCGAGAAAUGGUCCAAAUUUUUUUUUCUUUCUUCCGAGUUCCUUUUAUGAAGUUUCAGUUCAGAUGGCAAGGAAAUUUGAUAUGAUCAAGGAUAUUGAUGGAAAAAGGGAGACUUUGAAACUUGCUGUCCGAAUUGUGGAUCUGUGGUUUGUUGAGUCAUGGGAUUCAAAACGAAAUAUGGAGAUGAUUCUGACAGAUCAAAAGGGUGAUGUUAUCCCUGCUAUGAUUAAGAAGGAAGACAUUGCUACGUGGGAAGACAAGGUAAAGGAAAGAGAAAGUUAUAUAAUGCAUAACUUCAAAAUUCUCAACAACAGAGCUCAAUAUAGAGUUUGCGACCACCCUUAUAAGCUAUUGUUUAUUGGAGCAACAUCUGUACGACGACAACCAAUUGCCAGUAUUCCUGCAAAAGUUUGGAAGUUCAAGAGUAUAAAGGAUAUCAUUGAUGGAAACUAUUCUGCAGAUUUGUUGGUUGAUGUCAUUGGUGUGGUGGAUAAUGUGGAGGAGAAACCAAGUUCCAAAAAUGUUGUGUUUGACCUAAAGGACUUGAGUGGUGCGUCAAUCUGUUGUACUCUUUGGGAUUCAUAUUGUUUGCGUUUGGUUAGUUAUUGGAGGGAAAGUCGUGACACAGCUUAUCCAGCUAUUAUUCUUACUCAGGCAAAGAUAAAGGCUGCCUCAGGUCCAUGGCCGGUGUCAUUGUCUAAUUGUUGGAAUGGAUCGAAGUUGUUUAUGGGAGAUGAUAUAUCAGAACUGAUUGAAUUUAGGAAGGAAUUUUCAAAAACUACUGCUCAUGAAAUUUUCGAGGAGGGAAGCCAAUAUAGUGGAUCUUCCCAGAUUAGUCAUGUUGAUAGGUUUAUGUAUAAAACUGUUGUUAAGAGUGUUUCACAGAUCCUGACUGUGAUAGAGGAGAUUUCAUGUGUUACUGUUGCACAUACACUUAAAUUUAAUUUAGGAAAUCAUGGAUGGAGUUACUUGGUUUGUAACUUAUGCGCAAAAAGAACAUAUGAAGUUGGUUCUUUUAAGUGUUUGAAUUGUGAUGGUUAUAAUGAGUAUCCAAAAAUGAGGUACAAGCUUGAAAUUCAAGUGACUGAUGGAAAAAAGGUUGCUAACUUCAUGCUUUGGGACCAAGACUGCAUCAAUUUAAUUAGUCUUUCUGCUGGUGACUUGCGAAAGAAAAUGAUCAAGGAUGGUGAGGAGGAUCCUAAGUGUUUUCCACAGGAUCUAGACGUUCUUUUGGGUUGUACUUUGGCUUUCAAGGUCAAGCCACAAGGAAAUAACCGACCUGCUUCAGUAAUGAGAGUUUCAACUGAUCGUGAAAUCAUAGGACACAUUAGUAGUCUUCUUGGACAAACUGAGGUAAUGGAAAUUGUUGAAGCUAAGGAAAACUGUUCUGAUCAAUCAGAGCUUCGUAAGGGCAAGUCCAUAGCAAUUGAGGUUGGGAAACGUAGGAGUGCCAGUGAAUCUGAUGUCCAUACUCAUACUGGGAGUUCUUUAGCAUUGGAACUUGCUGAAUGUGGUGAUAAUGCAGCAUGCGACUUAUCUGCUGAUACUGAUAGUUCAUUAAUGUGCCUUUCUAGGACUGCUGAUCUUGAUCCGGAUGUUGUUUUAUGUGUGACGCCCAGAAAAAAUCUUUCCACUACCAGUGACAAUGAAGACAUGCAGUAUAUUCCAGAAAAUUUCAUGGAUUUUGAUCUUUUGGAGGACCUCCCAUUAGCCCAAUUGUCAGCUACGAAGACAAUGAAGAUUAUCAAGAAGGAGAAAUGAUAUUUAAUUUAUGAAAGUUAUGGAAAUUAUUGUAAUUAAUGUUGCUUAAGACUGUAUGUUAGUUUCCUUAGAAAUGUUUUGGCUCCUUCAAGGGAUGCAUUCGUCUUUCCUGUUUUGAUAAAUUGUACUGGGGAAACCUUCUUUGGUAUUUUAAGGAGUUUUGGUUGUGCUU